AAAUCAUAAGAAUUUAUAUAUGAAGUUAUAUCAAAGGCUAAGCUCGAGACUAAAAUUAUGAUACAAUUUACCUUCUUAAGUAAAACAAUAAUCUUUUAAUAAUUAGAAUCCAAUAUUUUAAUACAGAAAUUAUGAAUAGAUGAUCAAAGUUCUUACCUUUGGAUUGACUUGAAAGUCGCAAAUCGUAGAUGAAGAUGAUUAUUGUAAUUCAUACCAAUCCCACGUGAAAAAGAUUGAUACAAAAAAUUUCAAAGCCCCCAAAUAAAAUUAAUCAAAAUGAGAUGAGAAGCAUUCCCUAAACCGAUAAAGAUUCCCAAAUUUCCAAUCAAAGAUUUUUCUCCUCAACGACGAAGGCGACCAUGGUGAUUUCAACUCCAACUCUAUCCUUUACUUCUUCCAUUCCAAAGCUUCCUCCAUCUCUUUCUCCUUCAUUUUCCUCUUCUAAAUCCGCCUUCUUCGCCAACAAUGCCACCGUCAGUUUCUUCACCAACGGUGACCAUAACCAUUCUUCGGUACUGCGUUUGACCAGCUUCAGAACUACCACCAAAACAACUCAUAAGGGUCUCACUUGUAAUGCUUUGUUUGGUCUUGGAGUGCCUGAACUUGUUGUAAUCGCUGGUGUUGCAGCUUUGGUUUUUGGGCCUAAGAAGUUGCCUGAAGUUGGGAAGAGUAUUGGGAAAACAGUCAAGAGCUUCCAACAGGCAGCUAAGGAGUUCGAGUCCGAGCUGAAGAAAGAACCUGAGCCAACCGAAGAGACUUCAGUAGAAAAGCCUACAUCAACGGAAGCAGAGAAGAGACAAGAUUUGAAGGUAUCAAACCAAAAAGAGACUGUAUGAAGCGGUAGGUAGUCCAUCAUUUCCACAUCUACAUUUAUCAUUGUGUUUUAUGUAUUAUGAGAAUCAGUUACUGGAAUCUGAAGAUCACUUAAUGAAGAAAAUUAGUUUUCCA